AUGGAUGACCACUUCCUAGGGGAGUUGCGCAACGCGGCACGUGAUGCUUUCCAGCAACGGAAUUCGGCUUCAUUUGUAUUGCCAGAGUCGAAGCUCGCCAGCGUCUCAAUUCCUGAUGAUCUCAGCCCUCUGCAAGAGUAUGUAUCAUCUCAAAGCGAUGCAAGCAGUACAGAGAUAUGCGAAAACCUCCUUUUUGCCCUGGCAUUCCUCAAGGUUUGGGGAUCUAGGAGACCAUCGGAGCAAGACAAGAAGGUCGUCAAUAAUGUGUAUGAAUGGGCAAGCGAUGCUGCUCUUCCGUCGCCGGUUUUUGGAGGAACAUACGAACUAGACGAAAGGAAAGACCUGAUUGUAGAAGAUCAGCUCCGGUCAAAUAUCGCGAUCUCGGUCAUUGAAUUGCUGGCUGGGUUGCUUCCCAUCUGCGAGGCAGAAAAUGCACCGGACAUCAUUAUUGCGCUGGCCAGCUUCACCUCCGAUCAUGAACCAUGGACGUUACCAGAGACUCACGCUCGCGCAAGUGUUCUGCUGUCAACACAUUUUACUUCGCUGCGCUUGGAAAUGGCUUCAAAUAAAGUCUUUUGGGAUACGAUCGAAGACAUCCUAAAGCAAAAGAUCCGGCCUCUGUUCGCGAAGACCAAGAACCCAGCCAUCACAGCCUCUGGCCGCAAGAACUUCCAUCCUGUGCCUUUGCCCCGGUUUGAUGCCAGCGUCCUGGAUCCAGAAACGAAGCCAUGGAAGAUCCGAGAUGUCUACGCUACAACCGUUCUUUCUUGGAUCAUCGCGCAGUAUCAGGCCACGGACCGUGACUAUCUUGAAGCGCACUUCCCGCUUCUCGUCCCGGCACUCUUAACCCUCAUCGACGAUGACAGCCUUCCCUUCAAAACACGCGGCUGCCUUCUCACCACGGACCUCCUCAUCCCCAUCAGCGGCAGCAAAUCCGACAUCCUGCGCCGCACCAACCUCUCCUCCGUCUUCGAAGACGCCAUCCGCCCAUGCCUCCUCUCUCUCCCUACCAUCACGCCCGAAGAUGACUCCAUCUCUCUCCUCAGCGCCGCCUAUCCCGCGCUCCUAUCCGUACUCAAAACCAACGCCCAGAACUCCUUCCCCAUCCCACCCCAAAUCGCCACCGAAGCCUACAUCGUCUCCAUCACCAAGACCCUGCGCGAGAACCUCAUCCCCUCCUUCCACCACAUCAGCUCCGUCAACUCCACCUCCACCGCCACCUCCUCAUUCGCCUCCUUCCCUCACCCCCGCCUCUCCACCCUCCUCCUGGACCACAUGCACCCGGUCCUCUUGGACCUCGGCAUCCACGCCUCCAAAUACCUCCAGGAUAUCAUUCCCCUGGUGCACAGCACGCUCUCGAACCCGUUCGGCCCCGCAUACCCGCCCCUCCUCCUUUCGGCCGUGGGUCUCCUCCGCGCCGUGAUCCUGACCACUCAUCCGCGCCUCUGGCGCUGGCGCGGCGAGAUCCUCGGCGCGCUAUGCGCAUGCUGGCUCCACGUGGUUGAAGAGGAAGUUGAUGUAGCAGAGCCAGCGCAAAAGUCACACCCACCGUCCUCAUCCAUCGCGAAAGAAACCGACUCAGCGGAGGUCGUCCGGCUCAAAAAGGAACUGAAGGGCGUAAGCUAUCUGCUGAAGUUUGCGUUGCAGAAUCCGGAUCGGGGAAGUUCGCGCGACGCCGGACAGAUGGAAGCGAAGGAAAGUAUUGAGAAGGAGUUGAGGAAGUUGGUAGAGGCGGAUCAUCUCCUGGAGGGGUUGUUUGAUAUGGAUUUUGAUACUACGGAUGCGGAGUAUUUCGGGGUGCGGGUUUAA